AUGAUGACCUCAAACAUAUUGUCGCGUCUAUUACCCACGAACCCUACCGGCCGUUCGAUAUAUGACGACCUCAGAGCCCAUGAUGAGGGCUCCGAAUCGGAUCUGGAGGAGCGAGCGGGCCUAGCCCUCGAUGAAGCGAACCUGCAGUUUCGUGAUGAUGAGCUGGGAAAUGCAGACUUCAACGACGAAGAUAGCCGGAUCACGAGCGAAAGCACAGCAUUUCUUCCGGCCGCCCAGAGAGAUGGACCGCACGGCAGAGGAGCGGAACGAAGGGGGAAAACACAAGGAGAUCGCUCGAAAUGGCUUCCACAGUCCCCCAGACUGAUUGAAGAAGAUGGGGAUGAUGAGGUGCCACAUUCUCUUCUGAUGGAAGGCAGCGAGAUGCCAGGCCCGAGCUCUCCAAGUCAGCCACGAGUCCGACAGACACUCCAACCAAUGAGACAGCCUCCCAUACCUGGGCCACCCAAUAGAGAAAAUAGAGCCCAUUGGGAAGCUGCUCAGGCUCAGCAGCGGCUUCACCAAGAACCCACCUCUGAGAGACCGCAAGCAACUCCUCAACGGGCGGGGAUGCUCACAGGUAGUGCCAGGGAUAAAGCAAUGUGGAGGUGGAUAAAUGUUACAAACCUGGAUAACUUCAUGGCAGAGGUAUAUGAUUACUAUCUCGGAGCUGGAAUAUGGUGCAUCUUGCUCGCGAGAACUGUUGAUUUGGCCACGAGUAUAUUUGUUGCCGUCUUUACAACGUUUCUUACGCAGUGCGUGGAAUACGACAGAAUCUCCAGCAGCAGGAAGUUAUCUGAAGUCAUUGUACCAAAAUGCACAUCAAAAAUCUCAGGGAUGCCAAAUGUCGCCAUUUGGCUGUUUACUUUGUAUUCCCUUUUCCAGGUGUACCAACUCAUGGUUGAUGUUCCACGUCUAAUACGCUUGCGUGACUUCUACGAGCAACUUCUUGUAAUUCCCGAUAGCGACAUGCAGACAGUUUUAUGGCAAGACGUUGUUGCCCGAAUCAUGGCCCUCAGAGACGCGAAUCCGAUCACCGUUGAGAAGAUAUCGCCUUCAAAUCGAAAGUACCUCGGAAGUAAUUCAAAAGAAAGACUCGAUGCGCACGACAUUGCAAAUAGGCUGAUGAGAAAGGAAAACUAUCUUAUUGCUUUGUUCAACAAGGAUAUACUGGACCUGACACUGCAAUUCCCAUUUCUAGGGGCCCGUCAACUCUUUUCAAGGACUUUGCUAUGGAAUUUAGAUUGGUGCAUUAUGGGCUUAAUCUUCAACGAGUACGGCCAGGUUAGACAACUAGUCUUGAAGGACUCUCAUCGCAAACAGUUGAGUGAUGGUUUGAAAGCCCGGUUUAUGUUCGCAGGAUAUAUGAAUGCCAUUCUUGCUCCUGUCAUUAUAUUAUAUCUCAUGGUCUUGUAUUUCUUUAGAUAUUUCAACGAGUACAAAAAGGACCCUGCUGCUAUUGGAUCACGGCGGUACACGCCUUUGGCUGAGUGGAAGUUUCGAGAGUUCAAUGAGCUUCACCAUCUUUUCCAUCAGCGACUCAACAUGUCGUAUCCAUUUGCCUCACGCUAUCUCGACCAGUUCCCAAAGGUUAAGACGGCCCAUUUUGCCAGAUUUGUAGCGUUCGUGGCAGGCGCCAUAGUUUCAGUUCUAGUUGUUACAACCCUACUGGACCCAGAGCUGUUUCUCACCUUCCAGAUAACCCCAGACAGGACUGUUGCUUUCUAUGUCACUCUUCUUGGUGCGGUCUGGGCAGCCAUGAAUGGUACCAUUCCGGAGGAGAAUCUUGUCUUCGACCCCGAAUACGCUUUACGGAACGUGAUUGAUUAUACACACUACAAGCCACCUCACUGGGAAAACAGGCUUCAUAGCGAUGAAGUUAAAAGGGAGUUUGCCACUCUUUAUCAGAUGAAGAUAAUGAUAUUUUUAGAGGAAAUACUCAAUAUUAUCAUUACCCCUUUCCUUCUUUGGUUCAGUCUCUCGAGAUGUAGCGAUCAGAUUAUUGAUUUUUUCCGGGAGUUCACUGUCCAUGUUGAUGGAGUUGGAUAUGUUUGCUCCUUUGCUGUGUUUGAUUUCAAGAGAGGGGAUGGAAGAGGGGCUCCGCAAGGCAAAGAUCGAGCAGACCUUCGGGAUGACUAUUAUUCUACGAAGCAUGGCAAGAUGACAGCAUCGUACUAUGGGUUUAUUGAUAACUACCUGCUUAAUCCUAAGACUGGAGUUCAAGGACAUGUGCCUCCUGGCAUGCGACAGCAGCAGCAGCACCAGUUCCAUCCUCCUCCCGCUUUCCCUGGACUCAUGUCACCGACUCUUGGCGGAGAUAUGCAGACGUCAAGAAUGGGCCGCAGUGAGAGACGCCUAGGAAGUCGAGCACCGGGUGUUGGCGGACCUCAGUCCUCUCGGACUCCACGAUUCGCUCCAACGGGUGCGCAGGGGUCACCGAUGACCUCAAUUCUGCUGGACCCGCAUCACCAGCCAUCCACAUCUGGAUUUGGAGGGCGUAGUGGGAGACGUACCGGCACCUCUCGUUCUCAAUAUCAAGCACGAAACAAUAUUAUCGAGGAGCCAACUGAAGAUGAAGAUGAGCCGAGUAAUGGCAAGAAUAAGAAGCAGGGUCGUGGAUCAAGCAAUCUUCAUGAAAGUGUGGUCGGGCUUGAGGAGUCCAGAUGGGAGACAUCGCCCACGAGGGCUACAAGUAAAGAUGCUGAAGAUGAGGGCGAUGGGGAGGCAGCUGAAGGGGGGGUAUUGGGAUUGUUUUAUCAAUUUCACAAGGCACAAACGGAUGGCAGAACUGGGAUAAAUAUUUGA